CAGCUUUAAAGCAAACCGGAAAGUUGCUCCUGCGCUCCAACUUCCAGCCGUCAGCAGUGGCGAGGAGGUCCGGGUCCGAUCCGGGUCCGGUCAGGUGCGCUCCGCAGCGGCUCUCAGUUCCAGAAACAAUAAGCUCUGAAGCAUGCGUCUGUUCCGCCGCCGCAUGUCCCCCCUGAAGCUGGCGCUGCUGGGGGGGACUCUCUUCAUGGUGGUCUUGGUGGUUCUACAGAAGGACGUCGGCUCGUCGUCCGCCGCCGACCCCUGGCUGCAGGACCUGGUCCAGAAGAAGGACAAAGUGAUGGUGAUCGUCCGGGAGGCCGUCAACAACAUUAACUUCCAGAUCCGGGCCCCUCAGCCGCCGCCGGUCCAGGAGCAGCCCACCCAGGACAUCCACUGUCCCGCCGGGUUCUACAGCCUGGCCGAGCUCAAGCCCCACCUGGAGAGACCGCCUCAGGACCCCAGCGGCCCGGGAGCCGAUGGGAAGGCGUUUCAGAAGGCCGGCAUGUCUCCGGAGGAGCAGAAGGAGAAGGACGAGGGGAUGACUCGGCAUUGCUUCAACCAGUUCGCCAGCGACCGGAUCUCGCUCAGCCGCAGCCUCGGGGAAGACACCCGCCCCGUGGAGUGUGUGGAGAGAAAGUUCCGCCGCUGCCCGGCUCUGCCCACCACCAGCGUCAUCAUCGUGUUCCACAACGAGGCCUGGUCCACGCUCCUGAGGACGGUCUUCAGCGUCCUGCACACGUCUCCCGCCAUCCUGCUCAAAGAGAUCAUCAUGGUGGAUGAUGCCAGUACUGCAGAGCACUUGGGGAAACGGCUGGAGGAGUAUGUGCGUCAGCUGAAAGUGGUGAAGGUAGUGAGGCAGGAGGAGAGGAAAGGCCUCAUCACCGCCAGGAUGCUCGGUGCCAGCAUCGCUCAGGGCGAAGUGCUCACCUUCCUAGACGCACACUGUGAGUGUUUCCACGGGUGGUUGGAGCCUCUGCUGACCCGUAUCGUCGAGGAGCCCACCGCCGUGGUCAGUCCUGAAAUCAGCAGCAUUGAUCUCAACACCUUCCAGUUCGCCAAGCCCGUGGCCACCAACCGCGCCUACAACCGGGGGAACUUCGACUGGAGCCUGACCUUCGGCUGGGAGGCCAUCCCCGAGGACGCCAAGAGGUUGCGCAAGGACGAGACCUUCCCCGUCAAAACCCCUACGUUUGCCGGAGGCCUCUUCUCAAUCUCCAAGAAGUACUUCGAGCACAUCGGAACGUACGACGACAAGAUGGAGAUCUGGGGCGGAGAAAACGUGGAAAUGUCCUUCAGGGUCUGGCAGUGUGGCGGUCAGCUGGAAAUCAUCCCCUGCUCCGUGGUCGGCCACGUGUUCCGCACCAAAAGCCCGCACACCUUCCCCAAAGGCACGGAGGUGAUCACUCGCAACCAGGUGCGGCUGGCAGAGGUGUGGAUGGACGAUUACAAGAAGAUCUUCUAUCGACGCAACAAGAACGCCGCCAAGAUGGCGAGCGAGAACAAUUAUGGAGACAUCUCUGAUCGCCUGAAGCUGAGAGAGUCGCUAAACUGCAAAAACUUCACCUGGUACCUGAAGAACAUCUACCCAGAGGCCUUCGUUCCAGACCUGACGCCAGAAAAGUUUGGCGCUCUUAAAAACUUGGGCUCUAACACCUGCCUGGACGUUGGCGAGAACAACAAUGGAGGGAAGCCGAUGAUCAUGUACCAGUGUCACAACAUGGGGGGCAACCAGUACUUUGAGUAUUCGUCUCACAAGGAGCUGCGGCACAACAUCGGGAAGCAGCUCUGCCUGGAAGCCACCAACUACCCGGAUCCCGUGAAGCUGCAGAUGUGUCAGCUCAAAGGGAAAGGCACCCACCUCUCCCCACACCAGGAGUGGAUCUUCACAGAGGAAAAUCUCUUGAAGAAUCCCAGCAGUGGAAAAUGUUUAGCGUUGAAUGAGAAAGUGAUUCAGAUGCUCCACUGCAACGCGGCAGAUCGCAACCAGCAGUGGGUCUUCAGCUGACCCCCCUCCCCCCCCCCCGUGUCCCCGAGGUGACCCCUGGCACCUUUCGUACCUCCUCCUCGGACUUGGCUCAGGAACGUGAAGCCAGCGGUGCGCUGUUGGAGUUUCCGCGCAGCUCAGGGAGCAUUCGACCACAACGAGGACAAAGUAAAGACAGUUACAGUGGUCAAAGAACUUUGGGGCAGUUUUUAGCCCUUUUUAAAAAAA